AUGCCUCCAACAAAAACCAACACGGGGGUAUCUGAUAGUGGCGCUUUUGAGCUACCGAGACUACGCGUGUCAUUCGGACUCGAGACGGAUACUCGGUAUCUCAAGGCUAAGGAAGACUCGGUUGCGGAAUUUUUUGACAUCAAGUUCUGUCCCUACCAGCCACUUAAUCAAAGCCCUGUGUUUGCCGCAAUCAGCAAGAAGCAUGUUAUUAUCUGUAAACUUUCCAAGGAAAGGGACAACCCCAGUCCCUGCGAGAUCAUCAAUGUAAUCCGAGACAACGAUGAUGCUGCGUUGAACUGCUGCUGCACAUGGUCCAAGGACAAGCAGACCGGGAUGCCUCUUCUAUGCGUCGCCGGAAAGGACUGCAAGGUCAAAGUCUACGAUAUAACCCGUGGGGUUGUUGCUAGCUGCCUUGUUGGUCAUGGGGGGGAAAUCAAUGAUCUAGCCACGUCGCCAGAUGACCCUUCGAUCAUCGCCUCGGCAUCAGAUGACACGACAGUGAGGAUAUGGAGCCUCGAUAGAGUCCAUUCAAAACAGCCAUGUCUCUACCUGCUUGGUGGCGAGGGCCACUGUGCCGGGCUGCUCAGUGUCUCGCGGCUGACCUCCAAGGAACAGGCGUUCCACGAUUCGGGGAGAUAUGUGCUUUCGGCGGGACAUGAUGGCGUGAUUAAUUUGUGGACUCUACCCGACCUACCGAACGAACCUCUCUUCCGUCCCAACGAGCUUCAUUAUUCACACUUCUCAACUUCCGAGAUUCAUAGUGCCUUGGUAGACUGUGUCGCUUUUUACGGCGAUAAAAUUCUGUCCAGGGCGUGCCACGACGAAGUGAUAGUUCUGUGGGGCAUCGAGGGCUUCUCUUCCAGAGAUCCUCCUCCUCCUCAAUCCACCGCCCCCACGGCCUACGACCCAAGUCGCCUAACCCGGUCAGCUUUCAGCCCAUCCAUAUCACCAGCUGGUCCAGUGUUCUACACGAGGAUCCUUGAGUUUGAUACUCCUGGCUGCGGUCCGCAGUUCUUCAUGCGCUUUCGGCUUCACUGUGUACCGGACCAGAACCAAGUACUUGCCUUCUGCAAUGCGAACGGUAGAAUUUUCUUCUGGGAUUUUGAGCGGCUCCGAGCGUAUCAUGAUUUUACGGACUCAAUCGCCAACGCACAGAACGCGGGAUGUGAGGGGCCCGGACGACCAUCCUGGUUGCAACUAUCACAUCCGCGUAGGGCUGGGACGGGCCAUCCUCCGGGCAAACCUACCGAUUCGAAUGGCCCGGAGGUAGGGGCCAUGUCCAGGUCGACGCUGAGGACGAACGAGUCAGAAGCCAAGGCUCCCAAAGCUCUGGUGGCCGUGGGGGCUUACUCCACGGACACCGUCCUAAGUUGGGAAUCAAAGUACAAUAUUGAUUCGCCACACAGGCCUUUGAAAGCCCACAAAGUGGAAGCCUUCGGAAUGUCAAGUUUUGUUGGUCGCCAGGGCGAGGAGUCGCAUCCCAUGGUAGAGCUCAUCUUCGAGGCCAUCCGUGUGGAGGAUGUGGUGCAACCGAUAAUCGACCGAGACGUAACGCAGACGUGUGCCAUGGGAAAUGACGUCUAA